AUGUCCAAGGCCACGCGCUAUUCGGCAAGCCCACCUGACCGGUAUGAGACUCCACCAGCAUCAGAGCUGCAGAGGCUGAUGUGGACCAAGAAAGGAACAAGUGGCCAUCUGGACGAGGUGCAGCCAAGGAUCUACAUCGGAGACAUGUAUGCAGCCAAAGACAAGCGAACCCUCCAGGCCCUUCACAUCACACAUGUGCUCAACGCAGCUGACGGCAAGUUCAACGUGAACACAGGGUCCAGCUUCUAUCGAGACACCAGGAUCACCUACCACGGGGUGGAAGCUUUUGACAUGGCCACCUUCAACUUGAGUCCCUUCUUCUACCCAGCCGCCAAUUUCAUCAAGAACGCCAUGAGCUCGCCCACAGCUCGAGUUCUGGUCCACUGUGCAAUGGGUCUGAGUCGGUCCUCCACGUUGGUGUUGGCCUACCUGAUGAUUCACCAGAACAUGACACUGGUGGACGCCAUCAAAGCAGUCAGUGCCAAUAGGAACAUCUCUCCAAACCACGGGUUUCUGGAACAACUGCGGGAGCUUGACAAACAGCUUCACUACCAGGGAACGUCCAGCAGUCUGAAUGGAAAGACUUGA